AUGUCCAUGGAAUCAGAAUCAGCAACAUUUUAUGUAUCAACAGCGCUGUACCAGUAUCUAUGUCAGAAUAUUGUUGGAUCAGAAGAGCACGUAAAAACAAUCAGAAUGAUGAACACUGUCAGAGAUCAUUACCAAAGCAAUGAGAAAUGCAUAAUGAUAACCAGUGGUAGUUUUGGAGAGGGCCUCGAGAUGCGAGGAAGUGAUAUCGAUAUCAUGUUGGUUAGAAAUGACAUGGAGAUAACACCAGCAAAACCAUGGAUAAUACGAUCAAAUAAAUCAUGGCCGAAAUACGAUCUUAAACAGGCAAUUGUAACACACGGGGUUCUAUUUGUACCUAUUGGUGUCCCAGGAUCUUCUCAAGAAGACUUAGAAUGGCGCAUAUCAUUUUCCGUUGGAGAAAAACUUCUUUUGUAUUCCUUUACACAUACACAGUUACAAUGUUAUGCACUUCUGAAAAUUCUUUUGAAAGACGUUAUAGCUUUAGAUAGAGAAUGUAAAGAUUUGCUCUGUUCAUAUUUUAUGAAAACAAUUUUGUUUUGGGUAUGCGAAGAAUUGCCUUUAUCAAUAUGGAAACCUGAAAACUUAAUAUUUGGUUUUAUGAGAUGUUUCAGGAGGCUUAUAUAUUGUGUUGAAUACGGAGUUUGUCUGCAUUAUUUCAUUCCAGAGAACAAUUUAUUUGAAAAUAAGAUACAUGGACACGAACAGGAAACCCUUUUAAAUAAAUUGUAUAUUUUAAAUAGUUAUGAUUGGCAAUGUAUCUUAUUUUCAGACCAAAUUUCGAGAUUCUUUGCAUUGACAUAUAAUAUAAACAUGGAGUCAUGUUAUUUACAUAUCAACAGCGUCGAAAAAUUCAUAAUAUCAACAACAUUUAGGUUAGACAAUAUAGAUUCGAAUUAUGAAUUUCUUUUAAAAAAAGGGAUAUAUAAGUUAUUAUUCUGUGAGAGCUCAAAAAUCAAACACCUGUAUACAUUCUACGUGUCAAAUUACUGUUGCAAAUUUGAAGAUUUACUACCAAGUGAUGAUAGAUCCGGUAAUAAAUCUAAUUAUGAAGACUUCAAUACCUAUACAAAUACUUUGCUACUGAACAUACGUCCUGACGCUGUAUCUGGAUGGUUGAUGUUAGCUUCGUUUUUCUACAAAAGAAAGCAAUUCAGUAAAGCUCUUUACAUCGUCCAGUAUUCUAUAUCAAAAUGUUCACAGGAACAAAUUCACAUUCCAAUGAAUAUUUCAGAUAUUCAUAAUGAACUACUUAGUUUACAUUUGUACAGGAAGAUGACUGUUGUUCAGUUUUGGAGAUAUUUGCUUUUAGAUUAUGUGAUGUUUGAUGAAGACUCUCUGUUAAUACCUACUGAAUUAGAAAUGGAAGUGCAUUGUGUAUUGCCUCCGGUAGUAUAUGCUCAUUUCCUUCGUUUUCUAUGUCAUUAUCAUCUACAAAAUAGCUGGCAAUUCCGGGAUUCACUUCGGGGUCUACAGUUGACUAUACAAGAAAACUCGCGUAUACCGGGUGCUAAUAUGAAAAGUAAAUGUUACAACAUCCUAGGUAUAUGUUUUCAAUUGUUAGGAGACACCGGAUCAGCAAGAAAAGCCUUUGUGCAAUCUAAAGAAUUAUUUCCAGAUGAAAAAAAUAACACUGCAUUUCAAAGGUUAUCAAUAAUAGGCUGAAUGUUAAAAUAUCGUGAGGUGAAUUUUUACAU